CCAAACGGUUGUCGCCCAGGCAAGGCGAGGGUUUUUCAAAACCACUUCAUUUCUCAUCGUCAUUGUAUAGACGAAGACACAGUUUCUUUGAGCACCAUAUGCUUUAUUGAGGAUGAGCUCUGUUGAUGUUAAUGAUGAAAAUCGUGGGGUCUGCCCAGGAGGAAAGCACAACUCGCCUAACGACAUAUUUGCCCUGGAUCAGCCGACUGGAAGGCCCUCCAUCCUACGCCAGACGGAAAACCUGCCCAGCAAGACUGUACCAAAGGGGGUGAAGGUUUGUUUUCAGACUCCAAGAAGAGACCCUGUGACUAAAAGAAUUCUGUCUCCCAACAAGUCUGUCAAUUUGUUGAGUGUUGACGAGAAUACAAAAGUUAUGGAUUUGGAUAAAUCAAAUACUUUGCCACAGGAAGCCACUGAGCAACCCAAAGAAGAAGUGUCAUCUUAUCCCGAUGACAACAUGCCAAUACAAAGCAAAGGUGGCUACAUGCUGGAUUUUGAAAACCUUGAUGACAUCAAUCCAUUUCAGGGGUCUAACAAGAUGGCUCUCUCACCUAUGAGGCCUGCUGUUGAAAACCCCCCUGCAGAUCAUAGCAAGUCUGAAAACACACCACCAGUGAACAUCGUGGAGGAGCCUAUCAAAAUGGAAUCGGCACUAGACGAGACCCUUCCAUUCAGCGCGUCUGUAGAAAACUCACUCGCUGAUCUUUCUGCAGAUAUCGGCUCCACGGAGAGCAGUGUGGUUAUAGUGAAGAAGGUUCCAGCGGUUGAGGAAGAUGAUUCAUGGCCUGCUACACCUGAUGAAAAACAGCUUGGUGCUGCGUUUUCAAGCACAGAUCAAGAGAAGUCGUCCAGCAGUUUUGCAGAAGAUGCUCCACUCCCAGCAAAAGGUUCUUAUAACUUUGAUUUUGACAACCUUGACGUAGUCAAUCCCUUCCAGACUGGUGGCUCUAAAAUUCCAAAUUCACCUGUCCUUGGGAGAAAGGUGUCAAACGAUGAUGCACCUGCAGAGGAAAACAAACCAUCUGUUGUUGAGGUGGCGCAAGAAUUGCCUGUUCAGUGCGAGGUGAAGCCUGAAGCUACAGUGGAUCUGAUAUCUGCCGAUACCGCAAAACCCUCUCCUGCUGAAUCCCAGCCAGCUGAUGACCCAGUCAAGGAAGGCCCAACCAAGGAAGGGCCUGUCAAACUUGAAUUCAAUUUUGAUGAUGGUGCUGAAGUCAAACGGAAACCACCACCUAAGAAAUUUGGCAAAAGGCCAACUGGUGUAAGACCUAAAGAGCCAAAGCAGGUGUCUGAUGUCAAACCACCAAAAGAAGCUGAAGUGAAGCCUGAAGUCAGUGAUGGUGAUGCUGAUGCUUUACAGCCUAAAAGUUCUUACUCCUUUGACUUUGAAAAGUUUGAUGACCCAAACUUCAAUCCUUUUGGCACAAAAACGGCCAUAAACAACUCCCCCGUGUGCAGCAGGAAAUCCAGCCCAGAACCAGUGGAAACCGCAGUUCAGGAGCAAACCGAUGUCCCUGUGACAAAGGAGGCUGAACCACCAGCAUGUUUUCACCUUCUCAGUGCUGAAGAGAGUUUGCCAGCUGCUGCACCGAACCCUGUACAGGUUGCAGAUAACAAGGUUGCCUCUGACCUUGACACCAAACAACCAGUGCAGAAUCUCCCCGAGUCCUCUGAACCCUCUCAACCUGAGCAGAAGGCGCAAGCUGACAUGCUAGACUUCAAUGACGAGUUUGUUCCUGGAACAAUGUUCAUGACCAGUGACUUUGAUGGACAGAUUGACUACCUCGAACAGUUUGGGUCCAGCAGUUUCAAGGAGUCCGCACUGAGGAAACAGUCCUUGUACCUAAAAUUUGAUCCCCUCCUGAGGGAGAGCCCAAAGAAGUCUGCAGGCCCGGGUGCUCAGAUUCAAGCCCCUCCCCCUGCUGCCCCUGUUUUACGGCUUGAAACACCACAGACGGCAGAUAAAAAAGCGGCAAAUGGUCCACAAAAAGAUGACUUCAGACUGCUUGACGAUGCAGCAGCACCGACUCCAGUCCUUGAGAGCUUCGUCCCUCCUUUCCCGCAGCCAGCAAACACCGAAGAGGCCAUCAUCGAAGUGCUGAAGUACAGUCAGAAAGACAUGGAUGCAGCAAUCGCCAAAGUGCAGGCAGAAUGGAGUAUGAAGAACAAUAAGCUGUUUGAUGAUGGGCAAGAAAUGAGGAAAAUAAUAGCUGAAUUUGAGCUCAUGAUCGCAAAGAUGAUGGCUGAUCAAGAGAAGGAGAGGGAGGUGGCCCAGGCGAAGCUCAAUGCGGCUCUGUUGGAGAAGGAGCAAGUAUGCAGCGACCUGAACGCUAUGGAGAGAUCUUUCGCCGAGCUCUUCAAGAGGCUGGAGAAGUACAAGGACGUUAUAGAAGGUUACAAAAAGAAUGAAGAGACUCUGAAGUCUUGUGCACAGGACUACCUGGCAAGGAUCAAAAAGGAGGAGCAGCGCUAUCAAACACUUAAAGCUCAUGCCGAGGAGAAAAUUAGCCAUGCAAAUGAAGAAAUAGCUGAGGUGCGAUCCAAAUACAAGGCUGAGGUAUCUGCGCUUCAAGCACAGCUGCGCAGAGACCAGCUGAAAGUGCAGUCACUGGAGAAGAGCUUGGACCAGAAGGAGAAGGAGGCAGAGGAGCUCACCAAACUUUGUGAUGAACUCAUAUCCAAUGUCCAAAAGGGCUGAACUUGGUUUUAAAUGCUGUUUGCUUCUGUUCUUUAUCUCCAUGUCCAGAGUGUCUUCUUGUGUAGUGUACUGUUUGUCUCUUUCAAUGUUAUAAUACUGUAAAAAGGUUAAUAAAAAGGAUUUACUGAUCUGGUGAUCAUCUUUGCAUCAAUCUUUAGUUUUGCUUGUAUGCUAUAGUCAGGGAUUCCCAAACUGUGGGCCAGGGCCCACUGGUGGGCAGUUGAGGUACUGCAUGUAGCCUGCAGUUAUAACAGAAAUUUUUAAAUGACUUAGAAGAAUGUACACAUGUAUAUUUAUGU